AUGCAACAACCCCUGGUUUUUGUGCACAGCGAGCCAGGUCUCAGAGAAACCAAGACCAACCGUCGCAUUGUAGCAGCUCACAUUGGCAAGUAUCAUCGCAACAGGUCGAAACCCUCGCAAUCGCGAGGCAAGGCUGCCAUCAGCUCGACAUUCAAUACGAGAGCCGCAUCUCUCGGAACGAAGAACGAUGCAACGCGAACAGAAGAUGAGGAUGCUUGCAUCUUGUCGCAUCCACGAUAUAUACCUACUUCUUCUCCGGGAAUGAAUCUGUCCCUGGAGCCUCACAGACUCGACCCCUUUCAAACGACCAGCGUCUGUCUCACACCUCAAAUGGAGCCAAUCUUUAUGUACUAUUUCAACACCAUCAUGCCGGUGGUAGAGCCGGUUCUCGGGGAGAGAAAUGAAUACCAGCAAUGGUUGUUUCCGUUCGCGAUGUCAGAACCGGCUCUUCUCUACGCAAUAUUGUCGUGCAUGGCCCACGACAUUGAGCAAGCGUCUGGGCCUGGCUUCGGGUUUCCGACCAGAAGGUCUUUGUACACGGAGCGCUCUCAGUACAAGCUGCGUGCGACAAGAUCGUUAAACGAAUGCCUGGCGGAUCCGAUCAGGGCUGUGAAAUCGUCAACACUGAUGGCUGUACAUUUUCUCCUUUGGGAUGAGAUCUUUGCGGGGGGAGAACUAGUGCAGUUGGAAGGAGUACAGCAACUACUCAAUCUGCGUGGCGGCUUUACGGGGAUACAGCGCAAGGCUGUGGAGGCUAUUACAGUGUAUGUGAAGAAAUUCCUGCUCCCGAGCUCCUAG